CGUCCUCAGAGAAGGGAAAGGCUGAUGGCGUCCAUGUAGAAUGCCAGAGCAUUUCGCAGGUUGAUUUUUUUCAACAAUCGGCCCAGUAUCGAUCGUCAGGAAAGUAUCUGCUAACGACAUACAGAGUAGGUUACCUAGGCUUUCAAUAUCAGUUUGUCAUCACCACCAAAUAUGGAUUCAGAGGAGAAUGAAGUUGAAAGCAGUAGUGAUGCUGGACCUUUGGGUAUUGAAGAGCCAUCUGAGAGUGGAAUUGGUAUAGAGUCUUCAGAGGCCAUGUCUGCUGAUAGCAGUGACACAGCUACCAUCACAGUUACUGCAUCAGACUCUGACUCACAGGUUGGCCAGAGCUCUGAGGGGAUAGUGCAACUGAUACCAGAGACCAGCUCCAGUACUGAUAUCAUGGCAGUGAUCCAUCUCCCAGAUUCCUCCUCAGUGGCACAGUCAACAAGUGUGUCUAGUGUCUCUACAGUCACACAGUCUGUUCUUGUCUCAGAGUCUCCUCAGGUUCUGGUACAUUCCAGUGCAGUUUGUGAAGGUACCAUGAUAGUAUCUGACUCUACAGCCUCCACAUCUACAGACUUGGGUUCUGCAAUUGACAAAAUCAUUGAAUCCACUAUUGGUCCUGAUCUUAUAAGUGGGUGCAUUGCUGUGACCAGUGCUGAGGAUGGGUCUCCUGAAACUAACCAGUAUCUAAUUUUGCAGGGUCCAGAUGAUGGUGCUCCAAUUGUUUCACAGAUGUCAUCAGCUGGACUCUCAAGUCGUAUUUCUAUAGAGGCUCUGGGUGAAGGCCCUACAUCUACAUGCCUUGACCAGUCAGAGUUAGGUGAACAUCGAGUUCAUUCUUUUAGGCUUUCAGAUCAAGAAGUCAUACAUCCAGACCAACCUGACCAACCUGAGAAUUCAGGGUACCAGGAACAUGAGGAGCACAUGGAACACCCAGACCAGACUCAACAGUCUCACUGUGUUGAGUGCAGCGAGGUACUUCCAGACCAGCCUCAACACUCCCAGUAUGUUGAGUGCAGUGAAGGACAUCCAGAUCAACCCCAGCAUUCACAAUAUGUGGAGUGUAGUGGGGACCAUCCAGAUCAGCCUCAACAUUCUCAGUAUGUGGAGUGUAGUGGGGACCAACCAGAUCAACCCCAGAAUUCUCAGUAUGUGGAGUGUAGUGGAGAUCACCCUGAUCAGCCUCAACACUCCCAGUACAUAGAGUGCAGUGAUGAACACCCAGAUCAGCCCCAGCAUUCAUUAUACAUAGAGUGCAAUGAAGUACAUCCAGAUCAACCCCAGCACUCCCGAUAUGUUGACUAUAGUGGGCAGCACCCAGAUCAGACACAGCAUUCCCAAUAUGUUGAGUGUAGUGGGAUACAUCCUGAUCAACCCCAGGGCUCUUGCUACUUGGGAUGUUCUGAAGAUGGUCCAGACCAGCCACUGCAUUCCAGAUAUAGCAGCCAAGCAGAUAUGUCAGAGGAUCAUCCAAAUUCAGAUUAUUUAGAGCCCGAUGAGCCUCGUCAAUCUAGAUCCCCAGAUGUUGGAGAGUCUGACCAGACCAACAACUUACAAAACAGUUCCAUGGAUCUGGCUAACCUGGAAGAGAUGAUGGAAGUGGUAGUGGUUCAGCAGUUCAAGUGCAAAAUGUGCCCUUAUAAGAGUGUCUCCAAGGAUACGCUAAUUAGACACAUGAGAGAUCGCCACUUCAGAAACACUGGCACUCCUCCUCCAAAGAAGCGUGGCCGUGGUCGUCCCAGGAGAGAAGAAUCCUCUGAGCUAACUCAAGGAGCUGUGAAAGUAGAGGAGCCGGGAGAGGAAGAAGAGGAUGAUAUAGUUGAUGCUGGUGCCAUAGAUGAUCCUGACGCUGACAGUGACUAUAAUCCAGCAGAGGAUGAGCCACGUGGGAGACAGCCUCCUGUACCUCCUAGCAUAACUACCUCUUCAAUGCCAAGACCUCGCCGUCGAGUUGUGCGUCCUAGAAAAUUUCCUCUUGGAGAGGAGAAGAAUCAAAAUGAAGGAAAUGACGGAGAAAGAAUACCUGCAACUGGUGAUCAAAAUAUGGAUGUAAAUAUAUUGGAGCAAGCCAGCUCUUCUGGGCUAGAAAGUGGGGAGUGUUCCACUGUUAAUGCAAAUCUCAUAGAACAUGGCAUCAGCCAGUCAGAUUCUGAGAAUAAGGAUCCAUCAACUAAUAUAGAAAUGGAAGAAACUGACUGCUUUACCAGAAAACGUGGCCGUCCUUCCAAGCGAUUUUUGCGCAGAAAGUAUAAAAAAUAUUUGACACGCAAGUAUUAUUACAGAUCUCAAAAAACACUUCUAAGGCCUUAUAACUGUCGGAUAUGUGGGUCUCGGUUCUUAACUCAGGAAGACUUGUCCUUUCAUGUUAACUCCCAUGAGGGAAAUGAACCAGAGCACUUUAAAUGCCUUCAAUGCAGCUACAGAUGCAAGCGUUGGUCUUCCCUGAAAGAGCACAUGUUCAAUCACGAGGGCACAAAACCAUAUAAGUGCGAAGAGUGUGAUUACACCAGUGUGUACAAGAAAGAUGUAAUUCGGCAUUCUGCUGUCCACAACAAGGACAAGAAAAAGAAAACAGAAAUGCUUCCCAAGCUUACUCAGUACCCAUGCCCAGUAUGUGAUCGUGUAUACCCCAUGCAGAAAAGGCUUACUCAGCACAUGAAGACUCAUAGUACAGAAAAACCCCAUAUGUGUGAUAAGUGUGGGAAGUCAUUCAAAAAACGGUACACCUUUAAAAUGCACCUUCUCACUCACAUUCAGAGCUUUGGAAACAGCAGGUACAAAUGUGAAUUCUGUGACUAUAUGUGUGACAAUAAAAAGCUACUGCUUAACCACCAGUUAUCACAUACUACUGAUAAACCGUUUCGCUGCGAAUAUUGCAAAUAUUCAACCACCAAAGAGGAUUUUUUGGUUUCUCACAUGGCUAUCAAGCACACAGGCGAGAAGCCAUUCUCCUGUGAUUUUUGCCAUUUCAUGACAAAGCACAAGAAGAACCUGCGGCUUCAUGUGCAGUGUCGUCACACAGAAAACUUUGAGGAGUGGGCAAGAACACAUCCGGAGGAACCUCCACGGCGCAGGAGACCUUUGUUUACAUUGCAGCAAAUUGAAGAGUUGAAGCAGCAACGUGAAAACAACCAAGCCAUGCAGGAGAACAUCCGAGGGCCAAUUGUCUCCAUGGAUCAGAUGACAUUUCAAGCAAUGCAGGCAGUGGACAAUCUGACUGUAACUGAAGAUUCUCUAAGCAAUGCAACUAUUAUUUAUGAACAAGCUGAAUCAGCAGAGUUGUCUGCCCAAAAUGCCCUUGAUUUAUUAUUAAACAUGAGCAACCCUAGAGAUCUGAUUGGAAGUUCAUUGCAGGUGGCAUUGUUAAAGUCGGAUGGCACUCCUACAGACACAGAAGGGAAGGAAGCCAAUCUUGGUGAACAUCAGUCUUAUCAGCACCAAAAAGUGGUGGCAUUCCAUGUAGCUGAGCCAGCAGUAGAACAGACGGAAGAGACCUUUGAGUCAGGGGUCAUUGAGGGUAGUACGGAGAUCACCCAUGUGACCCUGAAUGAUUUUAAUGUAGUGGAACAAACUGGAGAGGACAUCCAAAGUUCUGUUGCUGUCUACAGUGGUGAGCCUGGAUCAGAUGGUUCCCAACAGGUUAUGGUUAGUGGUGGUAUUUUGUCUGGAACCUUAAAGGAACAUAAAGGAAAAUACUACCUCUCACCUAACUUGAGUGAAGGAACGCUUCAGCAAAUUGAGCUAAGCAGUGAUGGGACCAGUUCUCCACCUCCAGCUUCUUCCAGUCAGCAGCACAACUCCAAGAAGUUUUCCUGUAAAAUUUGCAUGGCCACCUUCCAUGGCAGAGCAGAGAUGGAAAGUCACAAGAGGGCUCACGUGGGACCCCAGACAUUUAAGUGCCCUGACUGUAACUACACAGCUACCUCUUGGCCGGAUGUCAGGAUUCAUAUGAAUCAGCAUGCUGACCUUCGUCCUCAUAAGUGCGAUCACUGCAGCUUUGCUUCUAAGAACAAAAAAGAUCUUCGUCGUCAUAUGAUGACUCACACCAAUGAAAAGCCAUUUUCCUGUGAAAUUUGUGGACAAAGGUUCAACAGAAAUGGACAUCUAAAAUUUCACAUGGAGAGGUUACACAGCUAUGAAACACCAUCACGCAAAACACGGCUCACUGCAUCUCCACAAGCCAUCAUCUUGAACAGUGAUGAGGAAACCCUGGCCACUCUGCAAACUGCUUUACAGGCUGGUCAGACGAUUACCCCUGAAAGGCUUCAGCAAGCUCUAGGAUCAGACCAUAUUAUUGUUGCCCAGGAACAAACACUGUCUGAUCAGGAAGAGGCAACCUACAUUCAACAGAUUACCACAGUGGAUGGGCAGACUGUGCAACAUCUUGUAACAGCUGAAAAUCAGGUUCAGUAUAUUAUCUCCCAAGAUGGUGUCCAGCACAUUCUUCCCCAGGAAUAUGUUGUUGUGUCAGAAGGAAAUCACAUUCAGGUGCAAGAUGGACAGAUUGCCCACAUUCAGUAUGAUCAAGAUGGGCAGUUCCUGCAAGAACAGCAAAUUGCCUUGAGCCAUGAUGGACAUAUCCAGUAUGUUCCCAUUAGCUCAGAGCAGCAGAUUGUUAGCCAGGAGGAUCUGGAAGCAGCAGCGCAUUCUGCUGUGACAGCAGUUGCUGAUGCUGUAAUGGCACAAGCGCAGACAGUGUAUGCCACGGAGGCCACUCCUGAGCAACUGGAACAGAUGCAGCAGCAGGGUAUUCAUUAUGAUGUCAUCACAUUCACGGAGGAGUAAAAAGAUGGACGAUGUUACUGUCACCACCUUCUGUGGACAGAACGUACACUGCACUUUCAGAUGCUGUUAAAGUAAAGGGAUGGAGGCUGAUGCACAUAAGCAAUGACGUGAAGAUCUGCAUUGUAUAGUAUAAGCAAGUAAUGGUUCAAGAUUGGAAAAGGCCUUAGAAUUUUUUUUUUUUUUUUGUAUUUUUUUCCAU